AUGCCUCCGCAACAGAAACAGCGCAAAAUGGCCAUCGUAGGCAGCAGAUCCGUCGGUACUCCUCCCCCCCUCCCCUCGCCCCUCGCCUUUCAAACCCCACUAACCCUAGAACGUGGUGGUGGUCCAGGCAAAUCCUCCCUCACAGUCCAAUACGUCGACGGCCACUUCGUCGACUCCUACUACCCGACGGUCGAAAACACCUUCUCCAAAGUGAUCCGGCACAAGAACCACGACUUCGCCGUCGAGAUCAUCGAUACAGCGGGACAAGACGAGUACACCAUCCUCAAUAGCAAGCAUUUCAUCGGGAUACAUGGGUAUAUGGUGGUGUAUAGCGUGGCGAGCAAGCAGAGUUUCGAGAUGGUGCGGAUUAUUCGGGAUAAGAUAUUGAAUCAUACUGGCGCCGACGCAGUCCCCAUCAUGGUCGUAGCGAACAAAUCCGACCUCCGCCCCGAACAGCGGCAGGUCUCGCUUGCCGACGGCCGCAAGCUCGCCGAAGAACUCGGCUGCGGGUUCGUCGAGGCCUCCGCACGGUACAACGAGAACGUCAGCAAAGCCUUCGAAGGCAUGAUCGUGGAGAUUGAAAAGGGCCAGGAGGCUGGACAGCCGAAGGAGGGGAAUAGCAAAUGUGUGGUGAUGUAG